UCACUUCUCAGUUCAAUCCCAUAUUACACAACACAACUCCAGUUUACUUAACCCUUUAUAUUCAUUAUCUCUCAAAAUUGUAUUAGAAAUGGGUAUGGUUAUAGUGAUCUCUCUGCCACUGAUUCUGUUCUCUCUGCUUCUUGGAUUUGGUUGUUACUUUCUUGGAAGAGCUAAAGGCCGUCAAGAUGUUCGCAACAAUGCUCAAGUUUUCGGAGUCCCGACACCCCCGCCCGGCAGCGAUGCCACAGCUCUGCCUUCCUAUCCUUCACCACCACCCACCCAUCUCAAAACUUUUGACAAAUCAGACAUGGUUUGAUUUGUGCUUGGUGUUCAAAUAGCCUACGGCUAGCUAGUUUAAUUAUUGGAUUCUUGUGUCUUAAUAUACAUUUUGUGUAUUUAUCAUAUACUGUCUUUGAGUCUUUGGUGUGUGGGUUGUGCGUGUAUACUACUAGUUUUGUGUGAUGGAUUAUCAAUUUUAAAUGGAAAAUAUGGAGAACUACUAUUUGAGAUCCUUA